GAAGCCUACCCGUUUGUCACGAUGCUCGCAGAGCUGCUUGGACGUGAUGACACCGGCACGACAGAUAAACAUGUGGACAGGUCGGUCCAGAAAUGGAAUCUGGCGACACAGAUACUAUGCAUCACCACGAUGACGAUUUUCUUUGCUCUGCGAUGUUUUACCCGCCUUGUCAUCAUGGACGGCUUUCGAAGAGAGGAUUGGACCUGUCUAGGUGCUUGGUUUCUUGGUGUGUGUUAUUCGAUUAUUGCUUUGAUCAUGGGCCAUUUCGGGGGCGGGGUGCACUACGCUGAUGUGCCUGUAUCCCAUCGCAUACCCUUCGAGAAGACGGUGUAUGUGACAAUGGUCAUGUAUGGUCCGACCGCAUAUUUAACAAAGUUGUCCCUACUUUGGAUCAUUGCACGAGUCUUCAGCCCUUACCGAAAAACCGUCAUAUUUAUCUACGUCUUCCUGGGUAUUAUGCUCGCCUACUAUAUUCCAGCGGUCAUUGUCAAGAUCCGAAUCUGCGACCCAAUAGCGAAGUUCUGGGCCCCUGACACACCGGGGUCAUGCCUGGACCAGACAUCAAUCAUUCUUGCCGAUGCAGUUGUCAGUGUCGUUAGCGAUAUGGCUAUCCUCAUUCUUCCCCUACCUUUGACGGUGGGGCUACAAUUGCCGCUGAAGAAGAAAUUGCGAGUUAUGGUCGUAUUGGGAGCUGGAGGACUAGCGUGUGCUUCGAGUAUUGUCCGUCUGAUUCUCAUUAUUUUGACGGGGCAAUCACAGGACGGAACACUGGCUUUCAUGCGCAUUAACAUGUUCGGAAAUGCCGAGAUAACGAUCGGGGUCAUUUGUGCCUGCCUGCCUGCCCUCUCAGCUCUAAUCUCCCGUACCCACCGCGAGUAUACGAGCAACAAAUACUCCAGUCAUAAGAAUACCCAGACAUCACAGUACGAAUUGAGUAAGGUCAAGAAUAGUCGUCCCAGUCGCGCAGAUAGGGGCAAAAACCAGAUGACCUUGACGGAGGUUGGAUCGGACCAGGACAUUCUCAUCCCCAACGCUCAGGAAGCGCCAAGGAUCGAGACCACAGUCCGUGGCGAUUCAGAGCGACAAGGCACAGAGACCAUGGGGAUCAUGAGAACAGUGGACGUGUCAACUACUGUGACAUCGCGGUACAGUUCGCACGAAUGACAGGUAAAAGUCUUUUGGCGGUAUGGCGGCGUUCCGGGGGAUAUCAUUAUGUGGUGCCUUAACCGGCUUACAUCUCG